AUGAGAAACGGCAACCUGCAGACAAUCAACCAUACUUGUGCUGAGGUCAAACUAGCUGGCCUUGGCUGCUGCUGGGGCCUGGGAAGUGGCUUUGCUGCGCUGCUCUUCUUGGGCCCUUCUUGGGUUGUGUAUGGGACCAACUAUCGCAAAACCAUCUUCAUAUUUAUCAGCAAUUCUGGCGGUGAGCAGAUCAACCAGGUGGCCCUGGAGGCCUGGCGCAGCCUUGGGGACAGGGAAGAAAUCAGCCUACAGGAAGUGGAGCCAGUAAUCUCCCGAGCUGUGAUGGAUAACCCUCAACAUGGCUUCUGGCUCAUGGAGAAGCACCUGCUGGAUGCUGUGAGGCCCUUCCUCCCACUCCGGCAGCAUCACGUGUGCCACUGCGUUCAAGUGGUUCAGGCUGUGCUGGACAGUACCACCUACUUCCCUGAGGAUGAACAGCUCUCCUCCUCCCACGGCUGCAAGACAGUGGCCUCCCGACUCACAUUUUUCCUCUGA